UAAACCAUACCUCCUAAAACACUUCAACAUUCAACCACAAUGGCGUCCAUUUCUCUGGCUUUUCCUUCCCUCCAACCAAAAUUUAUAUCACCCAGAAGAUCACCAAAGCCCUUCACGCGUAAGAUUGUAGUCCGUCAGAUCUCUGCCUCGGGUUUCGAGACGCCAUCUGUGUCGGUCCAACCGGUGGUGCCACCUGAACCCACCACACUUCCGAUCCGAAAAGUCCCCGGAAACUAUGGCAUACCUUUUAUCGGUCCAAUCAAGGAUCGGCUUGACUACUUUUAUAAGCAAGGUCGCGAAGAGUUCUUUAAAUCACGCAUCCAAAAGUACCAAUCAACGGUGUUCAGAGCCAACAUGCCACCAGGUCCUUUUAUAGCCUCCGACCCGAGGGUCGUGAUUUUACUUGACGGCAAGAGCUUUCCCGUGCUCUUCGAUGUCACAAAGGUCGAAAAGAGAGACCUUUUCACCGGCACUUACAUGCCAUCCACGGAGCUCACCGGGGGUUACCGAGUCCUCUCAUAUCUUGACCCGUCGGAGCCAAGCCACAGCAAGCUUAAGCACCUCCUGUUCUUCCUCCUUAAGUCUCGUCGCGAUCAUGUCAUACCUGAUUUCCAUUCCAGCUACGUGGAGCUCUUUGAGAGCCUUGAGAACGAGCUUGUAACCAAAGGAAAAGCCGCUUUCGGAGACACCAGUGAUCAAGCCGCUUUUAACUUCCUAGCUCAUGCACUCUACGGCACGAACCCAGCCAAGACCAAGCUCGGGCUCGACGGGCCAAGCCUGGUUGCAAAAUGGCUCCUCUUUCAGCUCGCCCCUCAGCUCAGUCUCGGCCUCCCUGUGCCUCUCGAGGAGCUCCUCCUCCACACCUUUCGUCUUCCUUCAUUUCUGGUCAAAGCCGAUUACCAGAGGCUCUACGACUUCUUUUAUGAGUCAUCUGGGUUCGUCCUCGACGAGGCCGAGAGAUUAGGCAUCUCCAGAGAUGAAGCUUGUCACAACCUACUAUUCGCCACUUGCUUCAACUCCUUUGGAGGCAUGAAGAUCUUCUUUCCUAACAUGAUCAAGCUCAUCGGCCAAGCAGGGGUCAAGCUCCACACACAGUUAGCACAAGAGAUCCGAUCAGUCAUCAAAUCCAAUGGUGGAAAAGUCACGGUGGCUGCCAUGGAACAGAUGCCUCUGAUGAAGUCCGUCGUGUAUGAAUCACUUCGGAUAGAACCACCAGUACCUCUCCAAUACGGGAGAGCCAAGCGUGACCUCAUCAUCGAGAGCCAUGACGCGGCUUUCAAAGUCAAAGAAGGCGAAAUGAUAUUUGGGUAUCAGCCAUUCGCAACCAAGGACCCCAAGAUAUUCGACAAAGCCGAAGAGUUUGUGCCAGACCGGUUCGUCGGAGAGGGUGAGAGAUUGCUCAAGCAUGUGCUAUGGUCCAACGGGCCAGAGACUGAGACACCAACGGUGGGGAACAAGCAGUGCGCUGGGAAGGAUUUCGUGGUCUUGGUGUCGAGGCUUCUUGUCGUGGAACUGUUCCUUCGAUACGACUCCUUUGAGGUUGAGAUCGGUACAUCGGGGGCCUCCGUUACCUUAACAUCUCUCAAAAGAGCCACCUUUUGAUCAUUGUAAUCACCUUCUUGACACUUCAUAGUUUUAUAGCCUAGAAUGUAUAUGUUUUGAGAAAAACAUAACAUUUCAUUCAAUAAUACCACAAGCAUAAAGCUCUUACAACACAGAGCAUAGCUCUGUAGCAACCAUAGCAUAAAGCUACAAGA